UUUACAAGUAAACAAAUAAUAUUUUUUUACAAGAACUUUACCACAGGGUUUCAAUUAAAAUUCACAAAAUUUUGCACUUUUUCAAUAAAUUAACAAACAUUUUAAACAGAAAUUAGAUUUAAUAAAAUGAACUUUAGCAACGAUACUGCCAAACAAAUCUUAAUCGAUAUUAUACGCACCGUAAAUCAACCGGAUAAUUCGAAAAAACUUUCCGAAGCCAAAGCCUCUGCGGGCAAGGAAAUGCUUUUAAUGAUGCAACAUGUCUUCCCGUUGGUCAUGCAACUACAAACUGAAGUCAUCAAAUCGUACGGUUUCCCCGGCAACCGUGAAGGUCUAGUGCAAUUUUCCCAACUAAUACGUGAGUUGGAAAGGGAAGAUGUUGAAAUUGCUCGUCUACGCAGUCAAAUUAGAGCCAUUUAUUUACCACCAAUUGCCAUCAAUACCACUAAUGAUAUUUUGAUAUAAAGCGAUGGAAAGUUUUUGGGCAAUUUUUUUUCGUGGAAUUUGCUAAUAUGCUGCCAGUAUUAGGUUUAUUUUAUAAUAUUAAAGGAAAUAUUAUUAGUAUUAAGUGACCAAUGUUUUUUAUAUAGAUUUUAAGUGAAAUACAUAAAAGUUUCUUUUUUCAAUACUUUGUAUUUUUUGCUCCAUAAA